AUGAAAGGUUUUGGAAAGGGAAAAUGUCAAAAUGAUAUUACGCUAUUGUUGCGUCAUGGAAAUGAUUGCUUGCAUAUUUGCGGUACAAAUGCGCUCUCACCACAUUGUCACAUAAGAAAAAAGCGAAAUUUAUUGCAAGAAUGCGCAAAUGACAUAAAUGCUAUUGGCCUUAGUACGUUUAACAGAGAUUGCCCAGCUUAUCAUUUAUCAUAUGGAAAUUAUACAUUCACAGCAUUAGCUGUUGAUAUUUCAUGUAACAAGCAAACAUUGCUUCGUGCUCUUCCAGAAAAUCGAAAGCUUUGGGUACCCGUUAACGAUGAUCGUUGGUUUCACGAACCAAAAUUCAUCGCAUUGUUUGGAUGGAAACAGUAUGUAUAUGUUGUUUUUAAUGAAGAAAAUCAUCAAGGUGUACAGGGCCGGAUUGGUGGCGUAUGCGCAGAUGAUCCAGGUGUCACUGAUAGCAUCAUGCUCUAUAAAAAUACAUUCAAUUCAUUUGGCAAACUUUCACUUACUUGUCCUUUAGACAUCAAUAAUUUACGGUUGAAAAUAGUGAAAACAGCGCAAAUAUCUGCAAACUUUGUUUUUGUCAUAUUUUGGAAUAGUUUUGAACGAUUGCCAAUAUCUGCUUUAUGUAUAUUUGAUCUAAACGAAAUAGAGGAAAGAUUAUUUGGUGACGAUAGAAUUCCCGAAACGACAUGGAAAAUGAAAGACAAUCAUUGUCCGAAAAGAAACCAAUCAGGUUUUCCAAGGAUUUUAGAUAAAACGAUAACUAUGAUCAAUCCAUAUGCAUUUUACACAUUUCCGGAAAUGACUGAGAUAGAAUCUGUAAAUGUGGCUAAAACUGAUAAUGGAAACUAUCAGAUUAUCGCAAUAUCUAAAAAAGCAAAAGUAUACGGCUUCAUUUUCAAUGGUACCUUUAUUAAUGAGAAAUGGACCGAUGAAAUUGUUGUUAGUGGGAAAAUAUUAGAAAUGAGAAUUCGAAAAGAGUCAUUCACAGUGCUCACAUCAAAUUCUUUCAAAAAGUACAAAAUAAAUGAUUGGUCUUCGGAAAUUACCGAAAAUAUCAAUCGGAACACAGGGCGGCAAUAUGACUGUGGAUGGACAGAAUGGAGUAGUUGUUCACAAAGAUGCGCUGGAGGAUAUCGAAGUCGAGAAUGGUGCUGUUUACCUGGAAACACUUGUAAUUCUUUCAAAGAAAAUCAACAGCAGUAUCAACUGUGUAACAAUAUGUCUUGUAAUGAAGUUCGACGAUACAGUGCUUGGAGUCAAUGGUUAGCAUUGGGAGAGAGUACUGAAAUUCGAUAUCGUGCUAGCUGUGGCGUUGAAGUACCUGAUCCUAUGUCAAUCAAAACAAUACUUCACGGAUCAAAACGUGUAUUGAUGCAUGAAUGGCUAGCAUGGAAUGAAUGGACUGCAUGCAGUGCAACUUGCGGUAAUAGUUUACGCAGUCGCUGGCGUACCAGGAAAGGUCUUGUUGUGUCGUAUGAUGAUAGUAUCCAGUACAUCGUCGAGCCAUGUUCUAUACCAUCAUGUGAAUUUGAUGAUCUGGUUGAAUGGACAAAUGGAAGUGAUGUUCGAUGGAGAAUUUUGAAAUGUUCAUCUUCAGAUGAUUGUUUUUACAAACUCGGUAUCAGUGACUUUUCCCGCGGUACUAAUUUGCAAUGUUUUUUGAAUUCUGAAAAUUAUUUCAAGUUGAUUUCAUUAUUCGGUUUCAUUUCUUUGCACUGCGAGAGGUUUCUCCAUGAUAUCAAUGCUAUUAACUCACUCAUUAAUGUUUCUGCUCGGUGUCGUUAUAGGAAGACUACAGCAAAUGUUUCAAAUCAGUAA